AUGACUCAAGGGCAUUAUAAUCCUCAACAUCGGCGCACCCUCUCGGGUUCUAAUGCUCCCAAGCCGAGAACCGCACGGCCAGGACUACUUCGGAAAGGCACGUCGUUUGUGAAUCACUCCAUCUCCAAGCUAGGCUCAAGGUACGUCCGGCGUUGCGAAUUGGACGACGACUGCCAGCCUGAGAUGGCGGCCAGCUUCCUCAACUUUUGUGCCAUGUGUGAGAGACAGAUUACGGUACCAGAUAACUCUCGUCUCUAUUGUAGUGAAAGCUGUCGCCGAAAAGAUACUUAUAAACCGCUCUUGGCUUCCUUGCCGUCCAACCGCUCCAUACCAUCUUCCACGACGCCUCCAACUUCUCCUCCCAUAUCUCCCCGUGUUAUAGUGGCACCAAUGACGCCCACGAAAGCACCGGCUAUGUCAACACCAGCGAUCCGGAUACCAGGCAAAUUCAAUGACGCCAAGACGGAAGAGGACCCGUCCGAAUGGAAGCCAGUAAUAUCUAUGGGCUCAAGCAGCCCUUCCGCUCUGGGAUCCUCGGAGGCCUGGCAUUACUUGUCUCAGUUCCAUGGUCGCGAGGCUCCGCUCUUGCGUCGUCCCAAAACCAACCGUCACAGUUCGUCCAGUUUGUCCACGCUGAUCAGUGCCACGGGACCUCUUCCGUCCCUUGCUCAUACUCCGUCCACGGUGGCGUCGUCGAUUAGCAGUUGUGCAUCCGACAUAAGCUAUGUUCCAGAUUCGUCUCAUCGCCCAUUACCUCCUCGCCAUAAUCCCUGUUUCUCUAGCAGCGCGAGCGCCACGAAGGGUGUUGAGCUCGUUGUACCCCAUGUGGAAACCCGAGUCAAGGAAAUCUAUGUGGAUCCUACCAGGGGCUCCAUAUUUCCAGCAACAAGUUCCAUUUGGAAUGACCACGCUGGUGAAAUGACCCCGGUGGCGGCUACAGAUAUAAGUGUUUCCACAAAUGGAGCGUCUUCUGGCUGCGGGGGUCUUCGGGUUAACUAA